AAUAAGCAUGCUUGCCUGUUGACAGUAUCAAAAGGGUCGGAAGCUCCACACGUCAGGCAACAGUGAAGAGAGACGUUGACCCGCACCACACUUCAGCAAUGGUCGUCAAAACUCUGCUUCUAGCAGCGAUGAUUACCGUCGCGACAGCGCGCCAGCCUCGCGACAACAGUCCGCUCUUCACUACGGAGCAAUGCCAAGUCCGCACGCUUAAUAGCGAAGGCCACGCCGCCAUACUCACAGACACGAAAGCUGUGUGGCUCGUGGACUAUUACGCCCCCUGGUGCCCGCACUGUCGCCAGUUUGCUCCGGCGUGGGAGAAGGCCGCAGCUUUCUACGCCGACAAUCCCAAUAUCAACAUCGCGGCUGUGGACUGCACGCAGAACAGUGAUCUGUGCAACAAAGAGGGCAUCAUGGGCUACCCAACCAUCAAGUUGUACCACGUGCCCCCGGAGAGCACGGAACCCGUCAAAAUGCCCCAUAAGAAUCGCAAAAACACAAAUACGGUCAUCGCCUGGGUGGAAGAGCAGAUGGAGGAACACGGCAUGAAGACUAGUGCUGACACGGACGAUAUUGAUGCGCAUAUCGAGAGGAUCAACAACCGCUGUGAGAUGGGCAGCGCCACUAGCUCGGGGAAGGCCUCGAAGACCACCGAACAGCUUAACGACCAGAGCAUCGAGAUGAAGUAUAAGAGGUUACACGAUGCAGGUAUCGCAGCGGUGGCUACCUUCGAGAACGGAUUUUAUGUUGGUACGACAGUGCUGGAAGGCGAAAGAUACGACGCUGCUGUGACGUGGGUGGAGGCACUGGCCAAGUCCUUCCCCAUGGCAGGAAACCGCGCAGCGCUAUCGUUGCUGGCAGAUAUGAUUAAGCAGCAGAACAAAUGGGUACAGAGCGAUUGGGACAAGCUUCUGACCGACUGGAAGAAGAAUGCGACGAGAAUCAGCUUCCCUGUGAACUUGUUUGAAUCGAGCGAGAAGAAGAACUGGACGUACUGCACGACGUAUACGUGCGGCGUGUGGACGCUGUUCCACACGCUUAGUGUGAGAGAUAUCAAGUCAGAAACCGAGUUAAAGCCUAGUGAGAUCAUGGCUGCGAUUCGGCUGUUCGUCAAGUACUUUUUCAGCUGUGAAGAGUGCCAACGACACUUUAUGAUGGCCAACCCAGAAAGCUUGCUCGAGAAGCUGGCAGAAAGCGACGCGGAGGGCCCUCGGGCAGUAGCAAUUUGGAUCUGGAAGAUGCACAACAAAGUCAACAAGGUAUUAAAGUACAACCAGUGGCCAAGUAUGGAAAACUGUCCCAAGUGUUAUGUGAGCGAUGGUGGGCCCCUGGACCUCAACCCCGCAAGGCUGCAUGAAGAGGAGAUCUUGGCCUACCUCACAAGCGUUUUCGGCCAUAAGGACACGGAUCUUUUCUUCCUUGAUGCCGCUUCGAAUGGAAUCUGGGCGGCUGCUGUGUCCAUAAUACAGCGAUACAGCUCUGUGACUAUGGUUGCGGUGGCUGUGCUGUUGAUGCUUCCGUUUAUGCUGCAUUCUAAGAAGACUCCGAAGACCGAAAAGAUCGAGUAACUUACCAUUUCCAUGAUCUUGGUCACCUCAAUACUUUUUACUACAUCAUUAAAUAAAAUAUACGUUAGGUGUCAGGUCAACCUGGUUUGAGGCGUGCAAAUCGUGCAAAAAUGCAUAAUGAAC